UGGGGCGCCAUCGCCAGGAGCGCUAGGUCUCGCGCCCGGCCCCCAUGGCCGAUCUGGAGGUGGAGGAGCGCGCCAAGCAGCUUAGAGAGCUCCAUCGCCAGCAGAUGUUCAUCCGCGUCGAGAACGCGAUGCUCUCGGAGCAUCUCUCGCGCGUGGUUGUAGCGCGAAAAUCCAGCCUCCAGCUUCAUCUGGAAAGCAUGGAGAAGGAGCAGGAAGAGAAAGAAAAGGCCGAGGCGGAAGAGAAGGCCAAGGCGGCGGCAGCGGCGGCGAGAGCAGCUUCAGAAGUUGCGGCGGAUCAACCCGCGAGAAGUGGCGUCCGAUUCUCGCAAGUGGCAGCAAAGCCUCAGGAGAUGGUGGUCUUGACGUUGAGCCCCGAGGAGAAACUGGAGAUUGUGGACGAGGAGUGCCUGUUCCAGCGGCAGUAUAUCGAGAAGAUCAAAGUGGAACAAGACCGCAUUCUCGACGACCUCCGAGCGGUUCUCAAUGCGGCCAAGCACCGAGUUGCCGAAUUCAGGAAGGAUCGUGUUGAUUUCAACAGGGAUGUGUUGCUGCUGGCACAGCUCAAUCCCGUAGACAAGCCAUACUCAGAAGAUAUUCUCAGAUUCGUCGUGGACAAGAACAGAAGGAAGAAGAACUUAAGGGACAACGUUCUGGCAAAGAACGCCAGAGCCAAGACCGAGCGCAACAGUUUGCUCAAGCAAUUCGGAAACAAGAAAGAUCUCGAGGAAAUUCUUCACGUGGUGGAUUUUGACGAGCUCAAGAUCGUAAAUGGUCAGCUCAACGCCCGGAUGCGCGAGCGAGUUAAGGAGAUACGUCGGCUAAAGCGUUUGAUCAAGUCGACGUUGCAGGUCCUCGAGAACACGCUGGAGAUGCUAUCUUACGCCCACGACCAAGGACUACGAAUGAAGCAAUCACUCACGGAUCGAUUUCCACUUGUUAACUCGGCAGAUGGAUUUAUCAUGGCCGAGAGAGUUCAGCGGAGAAAACUCCACGACGCGGUCAUAAUUGCUCUUCAAAAUCAAGAUGGGCCUCCACAACCGACCGCCAUGGACUAUAUGAAAGCACGAAACAAAGCUUUCGGUCUGAGGAAAGAGAUCAAAACAUGGAUUGGAAAGGUAGAAAUUGCUGACCUGACACGUCAAGAGCUCGAGAAAAGCUUGACGCUCGUCCAUAAAGACAUGGCAAGCCGUGGUGUGACCGCUUGACGCAAGCGGCUAUGCCUUCUAGGUUCGUUUUCUUGCUGGUCUAUUUCUCUAGGAAGAUAUUUAAGAUCUUUCUUUGGUA